AUGUCAAAAUCUCCAACAACAACAACAACAACAACAAAUUUAACUCCCUCAAUUCUUUAUGUUCCUGAUCAAGCUUCAUCAUUAAUUUUAUCUAAUCAAAAGGAUAUUAUUAAUAUGGAAAAAAAUUCAAAUUCUUCUGAACAAAAAUUACGUGAACGUCAUCCAAGUUCAUCAAGCGUUAUAUCAAGUUCAUCUUCAACCGAUUCCUUAACAUCGUUUACAGCUAAUCAAGAAAAAGUUGAUGAAGAUGCAAGUAGCAAUGAUGAUACAAAUGUUGAUUGGGCACAUUUUCAAGAACGUCUUCAUACAGUAAGACUAUUAAUGCAUAGUCAUUCAUUAUCAUCAUCAGACGAUGCUUCAGUAGCAAUACUUCCAAUAUCUGAAUGUCAAGUAUGUCUUGAAGAAUCAUCAAUUCGUCCAUUAGAAUGUUGUUCAUCAACUGUUUGUUCAACAUGUAUUUAUUCUCAUUUAUCUUCACAUAUAACUGAAGCUAAAAUUCGUAUAUCAUGUCCAUCAUGUAUACAUAUAUUUACUCGUGAAGAAAUUUUAUCAUUAUUAUUAGAAAAAGAUCAUAAUGGAAGUAUGGCUGAGCGAUAUAAACGUUUUUAUGCUGAUAUUAAUCGUGAACGACAUAUAAAAACAUGUCCACAAUGUUGUGCGCUAAAAGAAAUUGAUAAAAAUUUAUUUCAAGGUGUUCGAUGGAGAAAAAAUAUUCCACGACGUGUUACUUGUAAUGAAUGUCAAUUUGAAUGGUGUUUUUAUUGCCAUGCACCAUGGCAUAAUAAAAUGACUUGUAAAGAAUAUCGUGAAGGAGAAAAACUUCUUCGAGAAUGGGCAUCACAAACGGAUAAUAAUCAACACAAUGCUCAACAAUGUCCAAGAUGCAAAGUAUUUAUAUCAAGAAAUGGUGGUUGUCCACAUAUGAUUUGUUCCAAAUGUCAUUGUGAUUUUUGUUAUAAUUGUGGAAAAAGAAGAUUAGGAAUGAAAUUUUUAGGUUCACAUGAAAGUCGAUUUUCUCCGUUUGGAUGUAAAUAUAACCUAUAUCCAGAUAAACCAAUUUUACGUUAUACAGUUCGUGGAUUAGUUGCUGGUGCUGCUACAUUGGCUGCUCCUGUAGCAGCUGUUGGUGCUGUUGCAUUAUUAGCUGUAGGAACUACUAUAGGAGCACCAACUUAUGGAACAUAUCGUUUAGUUAAACAUAUCCGCAAUAAAAAACGAGCUCGUCGUUUAAGAAGUCAAUCAACACUAUCAAGUGUGACUGAAGAUAGUUCAAAUGUCACUGAAGAUGAUGAUUUUACUCGAGCAAUCGAAGCAAGUUUAGAAACAUAUAAAGAAGAAAUGGAAAAACGAGAAGAAUUAUUGAAAACUCAAAUAUUUGAAAGUGAUGAAGAGUUUUGA